AGAGGAGCCUUCUUGUGAGAGGAGAAGCCAGAGAGAGGUCUACCUUCAGCAGGGCUGGUUCCUUUUGAUCACAGGCUAUUGCUACAGUCAUCUUGCAAAGAAGCUGGCGUUUGUCAUUCAAGAUCCAACAGGACAAAGUAGUGCGUAAAUCAGUGAAAAGUCAAAGACAGAAGGCAAAGACAAAGAAGAUCUAGUCAGUUUUUGCUAUCUCCACUGUUCAAGGUAGCCGCAAUGACGCAGCAGGUUAGUAGCUCGCCAUCCCUAAAGCCCUUUUUUCUGAGGACACCUGUCCGGGUGGUCAACCCCCGGCAUCAACGACGACACACACUUCCUGCCAGUGAGUUCAGGAACCUGACCCCACAGGACGCCAUCAGCGUGUUUGAGAUUGAGAGAGAAGCGUUUGUCUCUGUGUCAGGUGAGUGUCCACUCACUCUUGACGAGGUGCUGAACUUCCUCAGCCAGUGUCCGGAGCUGUCCCUGGGCUGGUUCGAGGAGGGCCAGCUGGUGGCUUUCAUCAUUGGCUCGGGAUGGGACAAAGAGAGACUGGCACAGGAGGCGAUGACCCAGCACGUGGCAGAGCCCCACACGGUUCACCUCCACGUGCUGUCAGUACACCGUCACUGUCGACAGCAGGGCAAGGGCACCAUCCUGCUGUGGCGCUACCUGCAGUACCUGCGUUGCGUGCCGGGUCUGCGCCGGGCGCUGCUCGUUUGCGAGGAGUUCCUCGUGCCCUUCUACGGCAAGGCUGGCUUCAAGGAUAAGGGCCCCUCGGCCAUCUCCGUGGGCAACCUCUGCUUCCGGGAGAUGGAGUAUCUGCUGGGGGGGGUGGCCUUUGCGCGACGAAACAGCGGCUGCUAA